AGCCGGUGAUGCAUCUCAAUGGAAUCAGUCGCGAAGUGUCGUUCGUUGUGGGUCGACGGUGCGGCGAUCCUCGCGCGCGUUUUUCUCGGAAACCAGGCGAUCGCGGUCACAUUGUGAAUCACACGGAGUUCGCAGGUCCAGACACUCGUAACAAGACAUUCCUUUCGCACGCGACGCUAUUGACAGACUCGGAAAUCGCCGCAAUCAGAACGGCAAGCGAAACAAGACUGAAAUUUGACGGAAUCAUUGUCGCGCAACGGCGCGCACCGAAAUACCGGAGCAUGAGGAUGACAGUAGACAUGCUCACAUGUUUCAGACAGUUCAAGGUGGAAUUUGUCAAGUGGCGCCUCCAUGGGGAUAAAACAUUGCUUAUAGAUUGAAAGUGUCAACAAGCGUCAAUAGGUGCG